GCUCAGAUGGACUACUAUGGCACACGGCUGGCAACCUGCUCCUCCGACCGCUCCGUGAAGAUCUUCGAUGUUCGGAACGGGGGGCAGAUCCUCAUUGCAGACCUGAGAGGGCAUGAAGGUCCCGUGUGGCAGGUUGCCUGGGCCCAUCCUAUGUACGGGAAUAUCUUGGCCUCCUGUUCCUACGACAGGAAGGUCAUCGUCUGGAAGGAGGAAAAUGGGACUUGGGAAAAGACAUACGAGUACACGGGGCAUGAUUCCUCAGUGAAUUCUGUCUGCUGGGCACCACACGACUACGGGUUGAUCCUGGCCUGCGGGAGCUCGGACGGGGCCAUUUCGCUGCUGAGCUACACGGGAGACGGGCAGUGGGAAGUCAAAAAGAUCAGCAAUGCACAUACAAUUGGAUGUAAUGCAGUUAGCUGGGCUCCUGCUGUUGUACCAGGAAGCCUUAUAGAACAGCCAUCUGGUCAGAAACCAAACUACAUCAAAAGAUUUGCAUCUGGUGGCUGUGACAACCUUGUCAAGAUCUGGAAGGAAGAAGAUGGUCAGUGGAAGGAGGAGCAGAAGCUGGAGGCUCACAGUGACUGGGUUCGAGAUGUAGCCUGGGCUCCAUCUAUAGGUUUGCCAACAAGCACCAUUGCAAGCUGCUCGCAGGAUGGCAGAGUGUUUAUCUGGACGUGUGACGAUGCCUCUGGAAACUCGUGGUCGCCAAAGCUGCUGCACAAAUUCAAUGAUGUUGUCUGGCACGUGAGCUGGUCCAUCACUGCCAACAUCCUUGCAGUGUCUGGGGGAGACAACAAAGUCACACUCUGGAAGGAAUCAGUAGAUGGCCUGUGGGCGUGUAUCAGCGACGUCAACAAGGGCCAGGGAGGGGUGUCGGCCGCGGGGGAGGGGCAGCAGAACGAGCAGUGACACAGCCCAGCUGCCACCAGCAGCCACCACGCCUGAUGUGCAGCAUCCCUGGAACCAGGCAAGAACUGAUUUUAUCUCAUCCAGACAUGAACAUGGGAAACAAUUACCCAAUUCUUGAGCACUCUAUUACUGGGAGGCUAUGAUGUGUUCAUAAUCAGCCUUAAUUGACAUUCCCUUAAAUGUAAGGUAAAGAGCAUAGCAAAGCACUGUGCCUUACACUACUCCUUGAUGCCACAGAAAAUUGUACCUUGAUUUACUGGCUUAGGGAUCAAGUUUCAUGGGAUUAUGCUUC